AUGGAACGAACGAACUCAGCGUGCUGUGUGAGCGGGACGCUGUACAUGCUGCUGGCCUCGGUGACGGGGGGAUGGGGCUGCCUCUACUCCUGCUGCUACCGCUCCAGGCUGCGGGAGCAGUACGGGCUCAAGGAGAAGCCCUGCGCCGACUGCUGCGUCCACUGGUCCUGCGAGUUCUGCGCCCUGUGCCAGGAGUACCGCGAGCUCAAGAACCGCGGCUUUGACAUGCGCCUCGGGUGGCACGCCAACAUGGAGAAGAUGGGGAAGAGCGCUGCCACCGUCGCGCCUCAGGCUUACUCGGGGAUGACUCGCUAG